UGCAAAUAUAAUUGUAAUCAAGAAUAUGAACAUCGACGAAAAAUUGAGAAUGAUUUGGAAAUAUGCGAGAGAACAAAAAAAGAAAUGGAAUUAAAAUUGGAAUUAAUGAAGAAAGAACGUGACAGAGAAUCAAAUGCAAUGCAAGAGUAUGCUUGA